AUGCAGUGCCUAGCGGCCGCUCUUAAGGACGAAACCAACAUGAGUGGGGGAGGGGAGCAGGCCGACAUCCUGCCGGCCAACUACGUGGUCAAGGAUCGCUGGAAGGUGCUCAAAAAGAUCGGGGGCGGGGGCUUUGGUGAGAUCUACGAGGCCAUGGACCUGCUGACCAGGGAGAAUGUGGCCCUCAAGGUGGAGUCGGCCCAGCAACCCAAGCAGGUCCUCAAGAUGGAGGUGGCCGUGCUCAAAAAGCUGCAAGGGAAAGACCACGUGUGCAGGUUCAUUGGCUGUGGCCGGAACGAGAAGUUCAACUACGUGGUGAUGCAGCUCCAGGGCCGGAACCUGGCUGACCUGCGCCGCAGUCAGCCGCGGGGCACCUUCACGCUGAGCACCACGCUGCGGCUGGGCAAGCAGAUCCUGGAGUCCAUCGAGGCCAUCCACUCCGUGGGCUUCCUGCACCGCGACAUCAAGCCGUCAAACUUUGCCAUGGGCAGGCUGCCCUCCACCUACCGAAAGUGCUACAUGUUGGAUUUUGGGCUGGCCCGGCAGUACACCAACACCACGGGGGACGUCCGGCCUCCUCGGAAUGUGGCCGGGUUUCGGGGGACUGUUCGCUAUGCCUCGGUCAAUGCCCACAAGAACCGGGAGAUGGGCCGCCACGAUGACCUGUGGUCCCUUUUCUACAUGCUGGUGGAGUUUGCAGUGGGUCAGCUGCCUUGGAGGAAGAUCAAGGACAAGGAGCAGGUAGGGAUGAUCAAGGAAAAGUAUGAGCACCGGAUGCUGCUGAAGCACAUGCCUUCCGAGUUCCACCUCUUCCUGGACCACAUCGCCAGCCUCGACUACUUCACGAAGCCCGAUUACCAGUUGAUCAUGUCAGUGUUUGAGAACAGCAUGAAGGAGCGGGGCAUAGCCGAGAACGAGGCCUUUGACUGGGAGAAGGCGGGCAAUGACGCCCUCCUGUCCACGAGCACCUCCACCCCGCCCCAGCAGAAUACCCGGCAGACAGCAGCCAUGUUUGGGGUGGUCAAUGUGACGCCAGUGCCUGGUGACCUGCUUCGGGAGAACACCGAGGACGUGUUGCAGGGCGAGCAUCUGAGUGACCAGGAGAAUGCACCCCCUAUCCUGCCUGGACGGCCCCCCGAGGGGCUGGGUCCCAGCCCCCACCUUAUCCCCCACCCCGGGGGUCCUGAGGCUGAAGUCUGGGAGGAGACGGAUGUCAACCGGAACAAACUCCGGAUCAACAUUGGAAAAACCCCCGCUGUGGUGGAGGAGGAGCAGAGCCGUGGUGUGGGGGUCCCCAGCUCCCCAGUCCGGGCUCCCCCAGACUCGCCGACAACCCCUGUCCGUUCUCUGCGCUACCGGAGGGUCAACAGCCCUGAGUCCGAGAGGCUGUCCACGGCGGACGGGCGGGUGGAACUGCAUGACAGGAGGUCACGGAUGGAUCUGCCCGGCUCACCAUCGCGCCAAGCCUGCUCCUCGCAGCCGGCCCAGAUGCUGUCAGUGGACACAGGCCACGCCGAUCGGCAGGCCAGCGGCCGCAUGGACGUGUCAGCCUCCGUUGAGCAGGAGGCCCUGAGCAACGCCUUCCGCUCGGUGCCACUGGCCGAGGAGGAGGACUUCGACAGCAAAGAGUGGGUCAUCAUCGACAAGGAGACAGAGUUGAAGGACUUCCCCCCGGGGGCUGAGCCCAGCACGUCGGGCACCACGGACGAGGAGCCCGAGGAGCUGCGGCCGCUGCCUGAGGAGGCUGAGGAGCGGCGGCGGCCAGGGCCAGAGCCCGCCGUCCGGCCCAGGGGACGUGGCAUGCACACGCUGGCCGAGGAGGACCUGCGGCUGACGCCGGCCCAGCCCCCGCCACCCCAGCUGAGCCAGGCCGACGGCCGGUCAGAGACAUCACAGCCCCCCACGCCCGGCAGCCCUUCCCACUCGCCCCUGCACUCUGGACCCCGCCCCCGACGGAGAGAGUCGGAUCCCACGGGCCCGCAGAGACAGGUAUUCUCCGUGGCACCCCCGUUUGAGGUGAACGGUCUCCCACGAGCUGUGCCCCUGAGCCUGCCCUACCAGGACUUCAAGAAGGAUCUCUCCGAUUACCGUGAACGGGCUCGGCUGCUCAACAGGGUCCGGAGGGUGGGCUUCUCGCACAUGCUACUCACACCCCCCCAGGUCCCACUGGCUCCUGUUCAGCCUCAAACAAAUGGGAAGGAGGAAGAGGAGGAGGAGGAGGAGGAAGAAGAGGAGGAGGAGGAGGAGGAGGAAGAAGAAGAGGAUGAGGAGGAGGAAGAGGAAGAGGAGGAGGAGGAGGAGGAGGAGGAGGAGGAGGCAGUGGCCCUGGGGGAGGUUCUGGGGCCACACAGCGGCUCCAGUAGCGAGGGCAGCGAGAGGAGCACAGACCGGAGCCAGGAGGGCGCGCCUUCCACACUGCUGGCCGAUGAUCAGAAAGAGUCCAGGGGCCGGGCCUCGAUGGCUGACGGGGACCUGGAGCCUGAGGAGGGCUCCAAAACGCUGGUGCUCGUCUCCCCUGGUGACAUGAAGAAGUCGCCUGUCACUGCCGACCUGGCCCCCGACCCUGACCUGGGCACUCUGGCCGCCCUCACCCCUCAGCAGGAGCGGCCCCAGCCCACUGGCAGCCAGCUGGACGUGUCGGAGCCAGGCACCCUGUCCUCCGUCCUCAAGUCCGAGCCCAAGCCCCCUGGGCCUGUGGCAGGGCAGGGGACGGGAGCGGUGGCCAUCGGGGCAGGGGGAGUGGCAGUCACCUCCUCACCCUUCACCAAAGUCGAGAGGACCUUUGUGCACAUUGCGGAGAAAACUCACCUCAAUGUCAUGUCUUCCGGUGGACAAGCCUCCCGGUCUGAGGAGCUCAGCUCUGGGGGCGAGCUGGGCCUGGAGGUGCCCUCUGAUGGGAGGGUGGCGGAGGAAGGGGCCUCUGCACACCUGGAGAAUGGCAUUGCCCUGUCAGGGCUGGAGAGCUGUGUCGUGUCAGCACCCCCAGGGAGCGGCCCCUUGGAGGUGACCACAGACUCACUGCCCAACGGCCCAGCCCUGGCUGAUGGGCCUGCCCCCGUGUCCCUGCUGGAGCCAGGCCCUGAAAAACUGGCCACCAUCUCUCCUAGUCGCCACGCCGUGCCAGGCCCUCGCCCCAGGAGCCGAAUCCCUGUCCUGCUGUCUGAGGAGGACACGGGCUCGGAGCCCUCUGGCUCGCUGUCGGCCAAAGAGCGGUGGGGCAAGAGGGCCCGACCACAGCAAGACCUGGCGCGGCUGGUGAUGGAAAAGAGGCAGGGCCGCCUGCUACUGCGCCUGGCCUCUGGGGCCUCAUCUUCUUCCAGCGAGGAGCAACGCCGCGCCUCUGAGACUCUCUCAGGCACAGGUUCCGAGGAGGACACGCCUGCCUCCGAGCCUGCGGUGCCCAGGAAAGCCGGGCGGGCAGCUGCCACCCGGAGCCGGAUCCCCCGCCCCAUUAGCGUCCGCAUGCCCACGCCUGCCACAGCCCAGCAGCCCCCCGACAGACCCCAAGGUGCGGCCCCAGCAUCUGACACAGCCAUCACCAGCAGGCUCCAGCUGCAGAAGCCCCCAGGGACGGCCAUUGCUGCUGACCUCCGUCCCAGACAGUCCUCCGGCCGAGGCCCGGGCCCCGGGCGAGCCCCAGCCGGCACCAGGCCCCCAGCCCCGCGCAGUCCCGGCCUCCCCGCCUCCUCCGCGCACCAUCCCAGUGCGUCCCCGCGGAGCCGGUCCCUGUCCCGAAAAGAGAGCCCCUCCCCUUCGCACCAGGCCCGGCCCGGGCCCGCCCCACCCCGGGGCGCCCCGCAGGCCCGGGCGCAGCCUGAAGGCACCCCCUCCCCUUUGGGGGGCCCCAAGAAAGGACCCAGAGGGAAAGUCCAGACUCAGCGCGCAGCAACCAAAGGCCGGGCGGGGGUCGCGGAGAGCCGGGCGGGGGCCAGAUAA